CCUCACUCAAACCUUCAAUCCAUUCACUCACCCACUCCAUCUCUCCGUGCACAAAGUACUCAUCUUGUGCAUGAAUGUUUAAUGAAAUCAAUCUAUGAUACGUACCCAUCCGAUUCUGCAGCUUUGAUCGGGCCCAACUCUGCGACCGUCGCCAUCUGAGGCUUGAACACAAACCUUUUUUUUCCCCUCGAACACUGCAGCAGCAGCAACAGCAGCAGCGACAGCGGCAGCGACAAACCCAAAACAACACCCCUACCUCCUCCCCAUCAUCAUCAUCAUCAUAAUCCACCAUAGAGACAAUCAUGUCCUCCCCGCCGCCCACGAACCCGUUGAAACGGCCCUCGAUCUCCUCGUCAGCCUCGCAGCCGGCGGGCUUCAACCCCAAGCGGCCCCGCAUGCACCCGCUCCGCCAGACCUCCUUCCCCAACACGAUGGACCUGGACUCGUCGUCGCGGGCCUACAGCGACGCCGGCAGCGUCACGGGCAGCUUCACGGGCAGCCUGGGCGGCACCAGCGCGGACGGGGUGUUUCUGACGACCAAGGGCAAGAAGCGCGGGCGCAAGAGCAAGGCCGAGAAGGAGCGCGAGCAGCGCGCCGAGGAAGGGAGUCUACGGGCGGGGAUGAUGGAUCGGAUGGGGUCCGUGGAUGCGGAGGGCGCCUCGGUGAGGGCUGGUGCUGGGGGAGGUACAGGGCAAGGAGGAGGAGGAGGCGGAGGCGGGGAUGAUGCUGAUGAGGAUGAUGAUUUUGAUGAUGAGGGUGAACUACUGGGUAGGGAGGAAGGGACCACGGAUACGGAGGCGGAGAAGAAGAAUCUUGCAUUACUCGUGGACGCGUUUAAUCCGCUGCAGUCGGAGCGAUACGAUCUGUUCAAGCGAGCGAAGCUACGAAAGGAGACGCUACGGAGAAUUGUCAAUCAUGCGCUCUCGCAAUCGGUGCCGGCUAGCGUGGUGACGACGAUUAACGGAUUUACGAAGGUGUUUGCGGGCGAGAUUAUCGAAAAGGCUCGAACGGUGCAGGCGGAAUGGGCCGAAGCCCAUGACCAGGCGGCCUUAGCUGCUGUGGCGGCCUCCAGUUCCACCUCGACCACCUCGACCACCUCAACCACCUCAACCACGACGAACCAUCAUCCCGGAGUGGUCAAGCCACAGGGCAUGAUAGAUAGAGGCGGACCACUGCUGACGACGACUGCUGCCAAAAGCGAAAUGAAGGCCAAAUUACCUCCCAAUCCGCACCGGGGGCAGCUCCUUCCGGCCCAUUUGAGGGAAGCGCUUCGGCGGUAUAAGCGAGAUGGGGAAGGAGGUGGCGUUGGAUUCUCCGGAUUGAGUAUGGGCAAUCUGGGGGUUCGGGGGUCGGUGACUUGGGCUGCAGGUAGCGUCGGAGGACGGCGCAUCUUUCGUUGAGUGUUGACGAGGUUUGACGAGAGUCGGCCAAGACCCAAGACAUUUAGGGACUGAAGGACUGAAUCAUGAAGAGGAAUGGGUUUUGGUCAGG